AUGAGCUUCCAGGAUCUGGAGGCGGGCGCCCUGCGGCGGCCGCCGCUGCAGCUGCCGCAGGUGGUCGCGCACGCCGUGUUCCAGAUCAACACCAAGGUGGCGGCGCUGCGGCACCUGGGCGACGCGCUCGGCACGCCCAAGGACACGCCCGCCCUCCGUAGCCGCCUCCGCGUGACGCGAGCGGAGGCCGCGCGGCUGGCGAAAAUCACGUCGCGGAAGCUUAACCAAAACGCCGACGACAGUGCCGACGCCACCGAAAGGAUAGCCCCCGACUCCAAGUCGAAGCUGGCCACGGAUUUCGAGGCGGCCCUCAGGGAUUUCCAGCAAGUUCUGCACCGCAUCGUCGCAGUCGAGCGGCCGAUAAUCUCUGCUCAUGCAGCCGCCGCUGCAUUGACUGUGGAAACACAGCAGCAGCUUCUGGCAACUGGAAUGGAAGACCAUGAAGCCAUCCUCAUCGAGAGGGAACUGGGGAUACUGGAGGCACAGCACGUGAUCACCGAUAUCGACGACAUGCUGAGAAAUCUAGCGACGCUGGUGGACGAACAAGACGGCAGCGUCGAUCACGUCAUGUGUGACAUCCAGAAGAUCGCGGCGGAACAAGAGAUCUCGGGGAUGGUGGAGACUCCGGCGACAAGAUCGUCGGAAAGAUGCUUGAUGGCCUUUGUCCUUGGUCUCUUCCUCUUCAUCUUCGUUCUGGUAUUGUAUGGCAUAUCCUUCAUCAGUUCCUAA